CCAAAGCAUAACAAACUCCCUAAGAGACAAGAAUCAUCUAAGACAAUAUGGCCUUCACCACAAACAUUGUUCAUGUCCUCACCUUAUUACUAGUUAUAAUAAGCGCUUCAAUGUUUACAGUUACUGUGGCAAACAAAGACUGGCCCUCCUUUGGCAAUUUCAACUACACUGAUUGGUGGUCCAGAUUUGGAAACCAUCAUCAUCAAAUAAAUAAGACAGAACAACAACCUAAGAAGAUCAUUGUUGGUGGCUCUCAAAAUUGGCAUUUUGGCUAUAACUAUUCAGAUUGGGCUAUCAAGAAUGGUCCUUUUUACGUCAAUGAUACUCUCAUUUUCAAAUAUGAUGCUCCAAAUGCAACAAGUUUCCCACACAGCGUAUACAUGUUUCCAACUUGGCAAAGCUUCAUGAAAUGUGAUGUGAAGAAGGCUAAGAUGGUGGCAAAUCACACACAAGGUGUUGGAGAGGGAUUCAAGUUCGUGUUAAACAAAUGGAAGCCUUAUUACUUUUCAUGUGGUGAGAAAAAUGGAUUACAUUGCAACGUUGGACAAAUGAAGUUUGCUAUUAUGCCAAUGAUUCGUCCCUUCUGGUCAUGGCCUUGAGAAAGUAUAUGUGACAGGAUCAAUAUCAAAGACGCGAGUAGGACUGCUAUCCACCCACUCCUUUUUCUCCUCAAGUGUCAAAGACUCCAUCAAAUCCUUGAUGAUGUGAAUGUCUGGUUCGUACUUAAAUAUGAAUGCACCAUAAAAUAUUGAAGAGCAUUUUGCUCCAAUAAAUUAUACUAUAGAGCCACAAAUUGGUAAAAUUCAGCUCAUUUAAAAGCUUUACCAAAACUGGAGUAGUAAAUAAAAUGAUAUUAAAAUGGGCAAUGUAUAUUAU